AUGGCGGGCGUAAAUAACGUAAGUACAUAUGAUAAUGCACCAGAAAAUUCCAAUAACACAGUUGAGCAAACUAACAAGGCUGAUGAUUCAGACGACAAAGAUGAUUCGUUGCAGAACGUCAUCGACAAUGAACUGUCCAAACGUUUUAACGAAAGUGAAACUCCAGCCAAUCGUGUUAAAUACAGUGUAGACAUAAUGCUAACUACAGAAUCAAUUCAUAGUGACAGUGUUAGACAGUCUAAUGACGUAGAAUACGUAGACCUCAAGUCCUUAAAAUCGAACGAAUACCAAGUCCAAAAAGACACUAGCGAGCUCUUUCUGUUGACAGAACAACAACAUACCGAAGAGACUAGUGACACGGGUAACGAUUCUGUAGUUUUGAUAGUGGAAGAAGUUAUUGAUAAUGAUGGUCCACUAUCUGACACUAUGAGUAGUGAUGGAUUCGAAGAAAACGAUAUAACGAGGGAGCUUGUGGAUCAGGAUCCUUCACAUGCAGAAUUAGAAGAACCUCGUAUUUUUUCUAGACCCCUACCGGUUGAUGAGGCAGAUAAUGUAACUGAAUUGGUAUUUGAUACUUGGACCACGGUUGAUGAGAUUGUGGGAUCAGAAAUUAAAAAAACUGAAUCAAACGGUUAUGAAGAAAAGUCGGCCACUGACAUCAGUACUGCUAGCCUUAACCAAGAGUGUUUUGAUAUUAAUACACCAGCCAUAACUAACAGUGUUACCGAGGUAGUUUCGGAAACGACGACUGAACGCAGAACAGUAAAGAAAAAGUCAUCUGCAGCCGGUGGUGAGGCGUCUACCACAGUUGUCAAGACCAAAAAGACCAAAAAGUCGAAAAAAUCUGACGAAAAAGAAAAUAUAUCUGUUAAUUUAAAUGGCCAUUUGACAAAUGAAAUGAGAAAUGGUCAAUACGACGACUAUAUUGUCGAGGAAGAUGACUUAUCUAACGUAUGCGUUCGAGACCUCAAAAAAUCCUACUGCGAUGAAGCUAAUCGAAAGUCUUCCUCCGUUAUUAUACCAGAAGAGCCUGUACCUGCUUCUAUUCCCAUAGAUGAAUUGAAGCGAAAUUUUGUUGGUGCCGUCAAGAAACAACCAUCCGGAUGUGAAAACGGAAUGAUAAACGGUUGUUCGAAAUCAAGUUUUGGGAAAUUUGAUCAACUGGAAAAAAAAAUUAUCCUUCAACAAAGAUCACCUACAGAAUCUGAAAAAAUCGAUACUAAACAAAAUGGUGUUAUACGUCCAGAAGUUAAUUCUGUAUGUAAGUCAUGUGAGAAGACUGUGUAUGCCAUGGAACAAAUAAAAGCGGAACGUCAAGUUUGGCACAAGAACUGUUUCCGGUGCACAACAUGCAACAAACAAUUAACACUUGAUAUUUAUAGUAGCCAUGAAGGUAUAUUGUACUGUAAACCACAUUUCAAGGAGUUAUUUAAGCCUAAAGUAGUAGUUGAGGACGAAGAACCAAUUAGACGCAAGAAACCAGAAAUGAUAAUACGUGAAAAUCAGCCCUUGGAAUUACCGCCUGACGUGGUUAGAGCCAGUGAUAAACCGGAUUUGGGCUUAGAAGAAUUGAGCUCUUUAAACGUGAAAUCCCGUUUUCAAGCUUUUGAAAACGCCACCACCAAUGGUAAUAGCCACAUGGAAAAAUCUCCAGUCAGUGUUAAACGUUCACCAAGUAUAUUGAGUAAAUUAGCUAAAUUUCAGUCGAAAGGAAUGGAUGUAGGAGUUGCCAAUGAUGAUUUGAACGGUGCAUUCUUUGAGCCCUCGUCAAGCAGUGAUACUGAAGAUGAAGAUACCGGGAAUGAUAUGUUAAAAAAUAGUAUUUCUAAAGAAAAACCAAUGAGUUUUGACAAAAUGGAGUCUGUUAAACGUAACUGGGAAAUGCGCCGAGAAGAAAUGAAAGAGGAACAUAAACAAGAAAUACAAAACAUAAGGUCUAAAUUGUUUGCGGGAAAACAAGGAAAGAUGAAACAAAUGUAUGAACAGGCUGUGGCUGAAAGUGAACGUACUGGUGUUAAACGAGACAUAAAUAUAAACAAAUCUGACAAAGCCAAAGUAAUCAAGGAGAAAUUUGAAAGAGGCGAAAUUGUAAACACUGAAAGUGAUGAUAUAGAUGAAAACAGUAUUAGUGUAUCAGUAAAUGACGAUGAAGAUGAAAUGAGUGUUUUUGAAGCGGGAAUCUCUAAGAAAUCAAGAAGUCUGUUCAUGGAAUUGGAUGCUAAUGCUGUAAAGACUAAACAAGCUGCACCAAUUGUGAAUACUAAAAAAGAAUAUAUUCCUAUAAAACAGGUUACACCAAUAUACAGUCGUCAAGUGUCUGAUGAUGUGGUCAAAUGCAGUGACCGCAUCGAGGACGUUUCUGUGGAAACAGCUGAAGUUUCUUCAAAGUUUAAGUUCUUUGAAACAUACAAGCCUCCUGCAGUCAUUAAGAAACAAUUCAGAAUUACACCCCCACGAGAAGGCCAAAUUAAGGGAGAAUCUCCAGAACGUGAUAUUUACCGCGAUCCAAAUGUGGUGCGCAGUGAAGAUCCAGUUGAUGAGACAGCGGAACUAGUCAAAAGUAAUACGACCGCUAAGAUGUUAUCCUUAUUUAGACAGAUGGAAGUUGCCAGACCAGCUGUACCUGAAGGUCUUAAACCACUUAAACGCUUUACUCCUCCACCACCAGACCUUAAGGAAUCAGAGACGGAAUCAGAAUCUGAUGAUGAUGUGAGUGGGGAAGAUGAUAGUGAUGAAGAAUCUUCAAGUAGUGAAACCAAUGGUGAUGUUGUGAAAUCAUCCCUAAAAGUUGAAGACGAAUUUUUGAAAAAUUCUCAAAGCGCAGUAAUGGCCAAAUCAUUGAAAGACAAAUUUGAACACUGGGAACCUGACAAGCAUUCUAUGAAUAAUGCUGUUACAAUGCUUGAUUCUGAACAGGAAAGCAUUGAAUCGACUAAGUCUUUGCGUGCUCGUUUUGAAUCUCUGAAAGGGGAUCGUCCAGCUGAUAAGCCAAAACCAAAAGUUAACAGAUUCGUGCAAGAUCACGACAGCCACGCUUUCACGCUCUGCGAAUCUUGCGAAAAGAAAGUGUAUCCCCUGGAAAAGGUCGAGAUUGAAGGCAGACCGUUCCACAGGUCGUGCUUCAGGUGCACGCAAUGCCAAUGCGUCUUGAGAAUGGACACGUUUACAUGGAAUAACAAACGUCUGUACUGUUUGCCGCAUUUCAAGCGGCUGUUCAUAUCCAAAGGAAAUUAUGACGAGGGAUUUGGUGGUGAUCAACACAAAAAGAAAUGGGAAAACGGACACAUGCAGCAGGCUCUUCAACUCGCCGCCGUCACCACCGACUCGACAGCUGAUUAG